UCCUGUUCCAUUCUCGGUCAAGUCAAAGUUCGCGAAGGACGUUCGUCAUUGCGGGUGCUGCCUCGAUUCCUCCCGGCGACAGCGGUCAUAUUGGUGCGACUUCUGUGUUUUGUGUCCGUCCUGUUGUGGGACGAAGAACGACGACGUGUUAGUAAGUGAAGUGUAAACAUAGCCGGACAGAAUUAGUGUCCUUUCGUCGGUGUGAUCGACACUUCUUCUUAACCUGGAAGUGCAUUCGCAUCAACUUGAAAGUCUUCUCCACAGAGUAAUUACGCAUCGAGGAACCGACGAUUCACCGAACGAGCGAGCGAGCUGUAGAGUAGUGGGGCGCAAAUCACAUUCCAGUAUUCCGGAAUGUCCGUGAACAACAUCCUGUGGUUCCGCCAUGGGUUAAGGUUACACGACAAUCCCAGCCUACUGGAGGCCAUCCGAAAUGACAGCGGAGGGCAAUCGGAAUCGGUGCGCAUUUAUCCGAUAUUUAUUUUCGACGGAGAAACUGCUGGUACCAAAGUGGUCGGCUACAAUCGGAUGAAGUUCUUGCUCGAAUCUUUGGCCGACCUUGACCGUCAGCUGCGCGAAAUCGGGGGACAGCUGUUCGUUUUUCGGGGCUCUGCCCUUGGAGUCAUGCGACGAUUGUUUGAGGAGCUGAACAUCCGGAAGCUGUGCUUCGAGCAGGACUGCGAACCCAUCUGGAGGGAACGGGACAAUGCCAUCAUAUCGCUGUGCAAGGCAAUGGACGUCAAAUGUGUGGAGAAAGUUUCCCACACACUUUGGGAUCCGGAGCAGGUCAUCCAAACGAACGGGGGCAUCCCACCGCUAACCUAUCAAAUGUUCCUACACACAGUCAACAUAAUCGGAGAACCCCCGCGACCUGUUGCGGCGCCAAGUUUCGAGUUCGUGGAAUUUGGCACCAUUCCAUCCAUUCUGGCCACCGAGUUGAAGCUUGCAACGAGAAACUUGAGCCCGGAAGAUUUUGGCAUUUACUACGAAGGCAACCCGGACAUCGCCUAUCAACAAUGGCUGGGCGGCGAAACUCAAGCCCUGGACAACCUUGGCCGCCGCUUGAAACAGGAAGAGGAAGCGUUUCGACAUGGAUAUUUCCUACCAACGCAGGCCAAACCGGAAUUCAUCAGCUCUCCAACGUCGAUGAGUGCGGCCUUGCGAUUCGGUUGCCUGUCGGUGCGCCUUUUCUACUGGUGCGUGCACGAUCUGUUCGAGAAAGUGCAAGCCAACAAUCAGUUGGUGAGCCCCCGGGGACAACACAUCACAGGACAGUUGAUCUGGCGAGAGUACUUCUACACCAUGUCGGUCCGAAAUCCACACUAUGCGGAAAUGGAAUCGAAUCCCAUCUGCCUGAGUAUUCCCUGGUACAAACCGAAGGAUGAUUCGUUGGAACGCUGGAAGGAGGGUCGAACCGGAUUCCCGCUGAUCGAUGCGGCCAUGCGGCAGAUUAUGGCCGAGGGUUGGCUGCAUCACAUCCUCAGGAACAUCACUGCAACAUUCCUUACUCGAGGGGGCCUUUGGAUCAGCUGGGAGGCUGGUUUGCAGCAUUUCCUGAAGUAUCUGUUGGAUGCGGAUUGGUCCGUUUGCGCUGGAAACUGGAUGUGGGUCUCUUCGUCGGCAUUUGAGAAGCUGCUGGAUUCGUCUUCUUGUACUUCGCCGAUCGCAAUGGCCCGCCGGCUGGAUCCGAAGGGAGAAUACGUGCGCCGAUACAUACCGGAGCUGGCCAAGUUUAACAACGUCUAUGUCCACGAACCCUGGAAGGCACCGCUCGAGGUUCAGCAGGAGUGCGGCUGUAUCGUCGGGAAAGAUUAUCCCAGCCCGAUGAUCAACCUGGCGGAAGCAGCUAAACGGAACGCCCGUACCAUGGACAAUAUCCGGAAUAAUCUCUUGGAGAGGGGUGGAUCCACGCCACCUCACUGUCGUCCAUCCGAUAUGGACGAAGUGAGACGAUUCUUCUGGCUACCGGAAGACGUUGCAGCGGAUUGUUAGACGUUCCCCCCGUGUAACGGUCGCCAUGUUUCUUGCAUCGAUAUAAUGUUGUUUUUUUACCGUCUCGAUUGUUUGCGUAUUCUUAUGUUAAUUAUCGAUUACCAUUGAGGAGAUUUUACUACUUUGUUGGAUGUGUGACUUUUGGUUCAAAAUAUAAUUUUGCAUGCAUAAUGUUUUUGUUAUGUUAUAUGCCAAAAAGAA